AUGCCAUCGUCCAAAGGAAACCCCACCGACCCCCAAAAGCGCGAAGAGGCCAAGAAGGAGGUGCUCAACAUGGAAAAGGGCGGCGGAAAGGGCCAGUGGUCCGCUUGGAAGGCGGCCGAGAUGUCCAAACGCUACGAAGCAAAAGGCGGCGAGUACCAAGACACGGGCGACAACCCCAACCAAGCCAAGAAGGGCGCUCCCGCUCCCAAGAAGAAUGCCAUCGAAAGCGGUCAACGCAAAGAUCCCUCCUUGCCCGUCGGUACCGCCAAGACCAAGCGAAAGUCUGACACAAACGCCGACGACGGAGACAAAGACAACCAAAAAGAAACAGCAAAGUCCAAGAAGGCCAAGACAACCAAGACGGAUUCAAAGCCUGUCACAAAGGGCACCAGACAGCAGCCAAAGCGAGGCGUCAAGAAGUGA